GCCGCCGCACAGCCCGGAGCCAGCGAGCGAGCGAGCGCAGCCGUCCCCGCCGCCGCCCCCGGGGCAUGGCCUGUCUGAUGGCCGCUUUCUCAGUCGGCACCGCCAUGAACCCCAGCAGUUACUCGGCAGCCAUGGUCGAGCCCAAGUCCGUGUGCGUCUCGGUGGACGACGUGUUCUCGGGCAGCAUGGACUCGGCGGAGACGGAGCUCAUGAAUGGGCACCUGAAGAAAGUGGACAACAACCUCAUGGAGGCCCAGCGCUUCUCCUCGCUGCCGCGCAGAGCGGCUGUGAACAUCGAGUUCAAAGACCUGUCCUACUCGGUCCCUGAGGGACCCUGGUGGAGGAGGAAAGGCUACAAGACGCUUCUGAAGGGAAUCUCAGGGAAGUUCAACAGUGGAGAGCUGGUGGCCAUCAUGGGGCCUUCGGGGGCUGGCAAGUCCACGCUCAUGAACAUCCUGGCUGGAUACAGGGAAACUGGCAUGAAGGGGGCAGUGCUCAUCAACGGCACGCCCCGGGACCUGCGCUGCUUCCGGAAGGUGUCCUGCUACAUCAUGCAGGACGACAUGCUGCUGCCGCACCUCACCGUGCACGAGGCCAUGAUGGUGUCGGCUCACCUGAAGCUGCAGGAGAAGGAUGAAGGCCGGAGGGAGAUGGUCAAGGAGAUCCUGACAGCACUGGGCCUGCUCUCCUGUGCCAACACCCGCACCGGGAGCCUGUCGGGCGGCCAGCGGAAGCGCCUGGCCAUCGCCCUGGAACUGGUCAACAACCCACCCGUCAUGUUCUUCGAUGAGCCCACCAGUGGCCUGGACAGUGCUUCCUGCUUCCAGGUGGUCUCCCUGAUGAAAGGGCUGGCACAGGGAGGCCGCUCCAUCAUCUGCACCAUCCACCAGCCCAGCGCCAAGCUCUUCGAGCUCUUCGACCAGCUGUAUGUGCUCAGCCAGGGCCAGUGCGUGUACCGGGGAAAGGUCUCCAACCUUGUGCCCUACCUGAGGGAUUUGGGGCUGAACUGCCCCACUUACCACAACCCAGCCGACUUCGUCAUGGAGGUGGCAUCCGGCGAGUACGGCGAUCAGAAUGGCCGGCUGGUGCGAGCGGUCCGGGAGGGCAUGUGUGACUCUGACUACAAGAGAGACCUUGGGGGUGAGGCGGAGGUGAACCCUUUCCUGUGGCACCGGCCCUCAGAAGAGGUAAAGUGGGACUCGGCCUCCGUGGAGGGCUGCCACAGCUUUUCCGCCAGCUGCCUGACGCAGUUCUGCAUCCUCUUCAGGAGGACCUUCCUCAGCAUCGUGCGCGACUCGGUCCUCACGCACCUGCGCAUCACCUCGCACAUCGGCAUCGGCCUCCUCAUUGGCCUGCUCUACCUGGGCAUCGGCAACGAAGCCAAGAAGGUCCUGAGCAACUCCGGCUUUCUCUUCUUCUCCAUGCUCUUCCUCAUGUUUGCUGCCCUCAUGCCCACGGUCCUCACAUUUCCCCUGGAGAUGGGCGUGUUCCUCCGGGAACACCUGAACUACUGGUAUAGCCUGAAGGCCUACUACCUCGCCAAGACCAUGGCCGACGUGCCCUUCCAGGUCCUGUUUCCUGUGGCCUACUGCAGCAUCGUGUACUGGAUGACGUCACAGCCGUCCGAUGCCGUGCGCUUUGUCCUAUUCGCUGCGCUGGGCACCAUGACGUCACUCGUGGCCCAGUCCCUGGGGCUGCUGAUUGGAGCGGCGUCCACUUCCCUUCAGGUAGCGACCUUCGUGGGCCCUGUCACGGCCAUCCCAGUCCUGCUCUUCUCAGGGUUCUUCGUCAGUUUCGACACCAUUCCCACCUACCUGCAGUGGAUGUCCUACAUCUCCUACGUCAGGUACGGUUUUGAGGGCGUCAUCUUGUCCAUCUACGGGCUGGACCGGGAGGACCUACACUGCGACAUCGACGAGACGUGUCACUUCCAGAAGUCAGAGGCCAUCCUGCGCGAGCUGGACGUGGAGAACGCCAAGCUCUACCUGGACUUCAUUGUUCUGGGCAUCUUCUUCAUCUCCCUGCGCCUCAUUGCCUACUUUGUGCUGCGAUACAAGAUCCGGGCAGAGAGGUAGAAGGCCUGUGGGACCAGCAGACGGGAGACAGCCCACUGCUGCCACAGUGGCCAUUGCUG